AUGUCAUUGAAACUUGGAGACGAAUUUCCAAAUUUUAAUUUAAAAACAACAGCUGGUGAUAUUCAUUUACAUGAAUGGCUUGCCGAUAAAUGGGGAAUUUUAUUUUCGCAUCCAGCUGAUUAUACACCUGUUUGCACAACUGAAUUAUCACGUGCUGCUAAAUUAGCUCCAGAAUUUGCUAAAAGAAAUACAAAACUAAUUGGUUUAUCAUGUGACACCGUUGAAAGUCAUCAUGGUUGGAUUAAAGAUCUUCAAGCCUAUGGUGAUAAAGAUCAAUCCUCAACCGAAUUUCCAUUUCCAAUCAUCGAUGAUAACGAUAGAAAAUUAGCAAAACAGCUUGGUAUGAUUGAUCCCGCCGAAUUCGAUACAAAAGGUUUACCACUUACUGUUUUUUUUAUUGGUCCUGAUAAAAAAUUAAAAGCAAGUUUAUUGUAUCCAGCAACAAGUGGAAGAAAUUUUGAUGAAAUUCUUCGUUUACUUGAUUCCCUACAACUUUCAGCUAAAUUACCUAUUGCAACACCAGUUGAUUGGAAGGUUGGCCAAAAAGUAAUGGUUCCACCUAAUGUUAAAGAUGAAGAUGUUGCUAAACAUUUUCCACAAGGUGUUGAAAUUCGAAAGGAUCUUCCAAGUGGAAAAGGUUACAUUCGUAUGGCACAAGUUUAA